AUUCACUAUUUAGUAAAAAUAGUUUUAAACUAAAUACGCCCACAUAGUUGACAAAUUCUACAUAAGAUCAGGACAUUCUACGUUGAAAUCUACCCAAUUAACGUACUACUACUAGUAAUUUAAUUUGUUUAUACAAAUGCAAGAUUUAAUUAAUCAAUCAAUUAAUUAAAUAAGCAUAUUCCCAACUUUGUAAUAAAAUUAAAUAAAAAAAAACCUUAUCAAAUAUAAAAAGGAUUCUAAUAUGAAGCCACCAUAAAGUGGCCACCUUUUCUCUCCCCUCUUUUCUCUCUCUUCCAAAAAAAAAAAAAAAAGCUCAUCUUAUGAAGAGCAAGCUAGUAAGGUAUAUAAACCAUCCAUCAUAUUAACAAACAGUGUACCAUAUUUUCUACAAAAAUAACCUUGUAUAGUAUAUAGUCUCCAUUUUUAUUUUUCAUUAUUCCUAACAAAAAUAAAUAAAAAAAAAAACUUAGCAUUAUAAUUUUAUCAUACACCAAAUUCUCUCUCUUCUAAGUAUAGUAGAGCUAAGCGAAACUUAUUCUUUACUCUAGGGUGUUGCCUUUGCUACGAUAAUUUCAUUCAACAUGAAGAUCAGAUUAUAAGUUUAGCUGAGCUUAAUUCUUCAAGCCACGAUUUGGUGUCUACACUGGCUAAUUAAGCAGGUUUAGAUAGCCGGCCGGCCGAACAAGGUCCGGUGUAGGUCAUGAGUACUACUUGUACUGGGAUGGCUUUCUUCCCAGCUAAUUUCAUGCUUCAAACUCAAAAUGAUAAUGACAAUCAUCCUCCUCCUUCUCUCUCCUCUAUCCUUCCUCAAGACUUUCAUGUUGGUCCAGGAGGGAUUGCACCUAUGUUAGGGAAGAGAUCGAUGUCGUUUACAGGGAUCGAUAUGUGCAACAACGAAGACGGAAAUGGAAACAACAACCACCACCACAAUAAUAACAACAAUGUAGGAGAGGAUGAAUUAUCAGAUGAUGGGUCACAAUUAGGAGGAGCAGGGGAGAAAAAGAGGAGAUUAAAUAUGGAACAAGUGAAAACCCUUGAAAAGAAUUUUGAAUUGGGUAAUAAAUUAGAGCCUGAAAGAAAAAUGCAAUUAGCUAAAGCACUUGGAUUACAACCAAGACAAAUUGCUAUUUGGUUUCAAAAUAGAAGAGCAAGGUGGAAGACUAAGCAAUUAGAGAAAGAUUAUGAUCUUCUUAAGAGGCAAUUUGAUGCUCUUAAAGCUGAUAAUGAUCUUCUUCUUGCUCAAAAUCAAAAACUCCAAUCUGAGAUAUUGGCGCUAAAAAAUAGAGAGCCAACAGAGUCAAUCAACUUGAACAAGGAGACAGAAGGAUCAAGUAGCAAUAGGAGUGAAAAUAGUUCUGAUAUAAAGUUGGAUAUUUCAAGAACUCCUACAACAACAACAAUUGAAAGUACACUAGAUCUUUCAGCCCAUCCAACUACCACGGCUGCCGCCGCCACGGCCACCGCCUCCAGAAGAACCUUCUUCCCACCGUCCUCGAUGAGGCCCAAUGGGCCCCCUGUGGCCCAAGUACUCUUCCAAAGCCCACAACAACAACCACCAUCAGUCAAAGAAGAGACCUUUACUAGCAUGUUUUGUGGCAUUGAUGAUCAAACUGGGUUUUGGCCUUGGAUUGACCAACAAAAUUUUAAUUAAGUGUUCUUUUAUUUUUAAUUAUGAAUUUUUUUUUUUCCCUUUUGUUUGGGAGCAAAUAUUUUGGUUUAUGAUCUCACAAGAAAAUUAAGUUACUAAAAUUUGACAUAGUA